AUGUAUUUAUCUCAAGCACAAAAAGAGCCGUCCGUUCACUUUGUAAAUAAUAGCUGGUUGCCAUUUUACGAGCAGCCGUACGAAGCACAACCACAAUUACAAAACAGCAUCAAUAUAACAAAUUCGAAAUAUGCAAAAGAUAUCAAGCUAUACAAGACCGAAUUUUGUAGAAACUGGACAGAACUAGGGCAUUGCAGAUACAAUAAAAAAUGCCGAUAUGCUCAUGGAGAGGGAGAAUUGCGAGUGGUUCCUAGGCACAAUCGCUAUAAAACGCAGAUUUGCCGUGCUUAUUUUGGAGACGGUACCUGUCCUUAUGGUAUUCGUUGCAAUUUUAUUCAUAAUUCUCAUACACCACACGGUUCUGGCAGCAAUAACGAUAAUAGUAACAAAAGUCUACCUAAAAGAAGAGAUAGCAUCGGCUCUUAUAACAGCACAAUAAGCAGCUACAGUAGUUUCAGCAGCAACAGCAACGAAAACAAAUACCACUGUUACUUUAACAAGAGUCCCCACAACUACCAACAACAACAUAACAUGAUGCUAAAUAGCGCAAGAGAGUACUUCUUAAUGAAACAAGAACAGCAACGAUUAAAAUUGGCGGCUGAAACUGUAUACUCGGUAACGUGGGGCUUGUAA